AGCAGCAGCCCAUACAUACAUAUCACCUAUAUAAUCUAUAUGGACAUGAGGCUGAGCCCCUAGCCCUGGCUAUGGAGGAUCGUGUGUAAAUAAAAGCCCUGCUGCCAUACAAUGAGGCGUUCCUUCAUGACUUUUUUUGGAUCAAUCACACAGACAGUGGCUUCUUUUGAUUAAACCCCAAAUUGUCAUUGGGCAGGAGCAAUCAUGUGACAACCAAUUCGGUCCAAUUUCAACCUUGUCUCCAUGAAUUCAAUAGUUUAAUAGUAGCACAGUCCCCAUACGGCUGUAAUCAGUGAAUUAGAAAAAAAAAACACCCCAUCUAGGAUUUUUAUGAUUUUUUUUCGCCGCCGUCGGUUUGGGCGAACUUUUCGCUGGAGCAGAGGGCCAUGAAUUACGAAUUUGAGCGAGAGAUUGGCUUUAUCAAUAGUCAGCCGUCGCUCGCUGAGUGCCUGACAUCCUUUCCCCCUGUCGCUGAGACAUUUCAAAGUUCAUCAAUCAAGAGCUCUGCGCUUUCACACUCGACACUUAUUCCUCCUCCUUUCGAACAGACCAUCCCCAGCCUGAAUCCAGGCAGCCACCCUCGCCACAGCCGGCCCAAACACAGCCCCAAUGGUGGCAGCAGCAGCGGCAGCAGUCCUGUGCCAGCAGCCGGCUCCCUGCCCCCGGAGUACCCAUGGAUGAAGGAGAAGAAGGCAUCCAAGAAGCCCUCUGGACCUACAGCCGCCAGUGCCCCGGCCGCAGCAACCUGCCUCAGCCACAAAGAAAUCAUUGAAAUUCAGGAUAAUAGCGGUGGAGGGUCGAGGAGACUGAGGACAGCUUACACCAAUACCCAACUGCUGGAGCUGGAGAAAGAAUUCCACUUCAACAAGUAUCUGUGCAGACCCAGGAGGGUGGAGAUCGCCGCUUUGUUGGAUUUAACCGAGAGACAAGUCAAAGUUUGGUUCCAAAAUAGAAGGAUGAAGCACAAGAGACAGACCCAGUGUAAGGAGAACCAGAAUGGGGAAGGGAAGUGUAAAAGUUUGGAAGACUCUGAGAAGGACGAUGGUGGAGAUAAGGAGAAGACUCUGUUUGAGCAGGCUCUCAACAAUGUCUCUGGGGCUUUACUGGAGAGGGAUGGCUACACUUUCCAGCAGCAGCAAGCUCAGAAUGCACACAAUGGGGAUCCUCAGAUUUUUCCAGUUUCUCCAUUAUCCAGCAAUGAGAAAAAUCUUAGACAUUUCCAGUCACCUACUGUUCAGAAUUGCUUAUCAGCCAUGGGCCAGGACUCUGCAGCUGCUGGCCUCCACAUUGAUAGCCCUGAUGAGGCCCUAGAUGUGGCUUCCCUAUCAGACUUUAAUGUCUUCUCCUCAGAUUCCUGCCUCCAGCUCUCAGAUACCGUGUCCCCUAGUUUACCAGGAUCUUUAGAUAGCCCUGUAGACAUAUCUGCAGAUGGUUUUGAUUUUUUCACGGACACAUUUACCACAAUUGACUUGCAGCAUCUCAACUACUGAGCCAGAUGCGAAAUGGUGAUUUUUUUCCCCCCACUUGUUUUCUCCCCAAACUGUUUCUGUCCUUUGCAUCCUAGAGCCAUUUCAGUCUCUCAUUGGGACCCAUUAUCAUUGCUGUUUAACCCACUGAAAGCAAUAAGUGAGGCCUCUAAAAGAAAGUGACCAUAUGGAGAUGUAUUCUCACUUUCUUUUCUAUUUUUGUAUUACAUCCUUGUCUUACAAGUAUUUUUGGUAGAAUAAAUAAUUAUAUCUCACAGGUUCUUCUCUUUUUUUUUUCUAUUCUUUUUUUUCCUACCACCUUUGCUGUAUUUUCAGACCUUUUUUUUAAUGUCCAAGAAAGCAAUUCAGAGAGAAAAAAAAAAAAGCACACAGAAUGAACAAUUCGCAAAUCCUUAGGAAUGUUUGUACAUAAAAUAUUUAUUAGAGAUAUAUAUGAUAUAUAUAUAUUUUUGUUCGACUUUAUUUUUUAUUACAAAAAGGCAAAAUUUAGAUAAAUAAUUUUUGCUCCCCCCCUCCCAAGGAUGUUUGAAAAAAAAUCCGUCAAUUUUACAUUAAAUAUAAUAAUAUCCAAAGAUAAAAAAAAAAUAUGACUAAAAUAUACCUUUAUGGAUUUCAUUGGAGUGAUAAAAGAAAAACAAUGAAUAAAAAAAUGAAUGGAAAAAAAAAUUGCUUCUUGUUGGAAUAUGUGGUAUGCCGUGAGAAGUUCGGAAAAAAUCUAGAAGAGAAAAUAAUGUAGAAAUGUCAAAAUAUAAGAGAAUUCAUGAAUUUGUACUCCUACAAGUUAGUGCAUAUACAGACACAUCUCCCCUCCCCCCACCAGAGUCGCAUGAUCUCGAAUGUUCUCUUCUAUCUAUCUAUCUAUCUAUCUAUCUAUCUAUCUAUCUAUCUAUUUAUCUCUCUCUAUCUCUCUAUCUCAUAUUGUGCAGGUCUGAGUACACAACACAGUGCCACACCAGACUUGCAGGGCUGCUUAAGCAAUAAUGCAAUAAUAUCUAGAUGUGCUGGAUGCAAUUCUUCCUCAAGUCAUAAAUCAAAUGCUUUCUAUGAAUGAGAAUGUCAUCAAGGAGAUCAAUUGCAGCUCAUACAAAUAUAAAAGCCCUCUCUUACGUAUUGCUCCAGACUGGGGAUUCCAUCCAGAAGCUCAGAGCUACAAGGCGUUUAACCAUAAUUCAUUUUUAUUGCCCUAUUAAAACAACAGCUUGGUUUUAGUGCUGCGGCGGCUGCAAUAAGGAGAGAGCCUGUACUGUUCAGUCCUAUUAGUGUCUGGGAGAUCUUCCUCUCCUGGUAGGAAGGGGAGCCCUGUAAUUAGAACCCAACCAUUGCCUCUAACUGCACAAUCAUUUUUUUGUGGUUACAAAAUUCUAAAUGUUUGAUAUGAGAAUCAGAUUAUUUUUUUUCUAUUUUGUGGUGUUUUACCUCGAUGUAUGCUGAUGCACCAGUAAAAACUGUUGUUUUCCACGGGACUACAUUCAUUUUCUCAUUAUUAUUCCGAGAGUCUGUACAUAGAACGUGGUCUCAUUUAUUUAUUUAUUUUGAUUUAAGUUUUGGCACAAAAGAAUUCCAGGGAUAGAUGUUUGUGAAAAGAGACAUUCCUUUCAUAGUUAUGUGCUAUAUUCAUUAUAAUUUGCAUUGAACUCUGGAUUCUGGCCACAGAUUCCAUGGCUUUGUUGCUGACAGUAAAGACAAAAGAUGUGUCUGU